UCAGUCCCGUGCCAGCCGCCGCCCAAACCCUAGCACCCGUUUCCCUCGAUCCCCACAGUAACCGAACCACCAUCCACAGCCACCUGCUCCUUCUCACAGCCGCCGCACCAUUCCUCCCUUCCGCCCCCUCCUCCUUCCCGGAUCCCCACCACAGCACCGACCUGCAGGCAAAGGGCGACGAAGAGUGGCAAACGAGGACAACGAGGGAGAGAAAGAAGGAAGAUAAAAAGGAGGCCGACGGCGAGGCCCAGCGACUAGCGCCUCUCUGCCUCAAGCCCCGGCAUCACCGCCACCAGAUCCACCUUGCAACCUUUCUUCCUCCCCUGUCUGACUGCUGCGUGGUCGUGUCAGGCCCAUGUCGGCGCUGCCUCCACCGCCGCAGCCACCGCCAUUGGAUGGCUCCGUCGGUCCCUCCCGCUCCAGAUCGAAAACUGAGAGAGCGACUGGAGGGAAGAAGGGGAUCGAGGGAGGGGAGAGCACAUGAGAGAAGGCACGGGAUAUUUUCCGCCUCGGCCGAUCCAGGCAUGGUGUCGGAUUGGAGAGAGCAGGGGAGGGCCAAGAGGCCAGCGGUGUGGAGUGGAGUAGCGAGGCCCGAAGACCGGGCAGCGGAUGCCUCACAGGGUGGAGGAGAGGCCGGCCAUAGGGAAAAGCAGCAUCUUCAUGGAUGAGAUCCUGACGGCUGAAGAUGGUCCGCAUGGGAGGAGCUUCGAAGUUGUCAAGGGGCGCCACGAGGAGUGGAGGAUCAAGGGUCUUCGCAAGGAGUUGAAGGCUGAGGUCAUGGUUGCCGGCUUCAAUUUUUUGCUAAGCAAUUCCUCAAGAGUCUUGCCAAGAUCUGAGGAUGAAGGGAAGAAUAAGAAUUUAACUAAACAGUUGAAGAAGAUCAAGGACCUACUAUGAUGCAUAUUUGAAAGAGUGCAUCUAUUAUUUCAGCUGAAAAUUGAUCUCUAUUUGAAGGAGUGCAUCUAUUGUGCAUCUACACCAGAAGACAGUGGGUUGUUUUUUAUUCCAUGCUCCAAAUAUUUCAUGUCCAAUUCAUAGACAUCCUUGAAUUGCUUAACGAUGAUGGCAUGUUUGGUGUUCAUAUUUUUGUCAGCCAAAUAAUAAUAGGUGCACUUAACUGUUUGAGGGAAUGCCAACUGAAAGCUAAAUUCAAUUAGAAUUAUAUUUUUGCACGUGUGUUCUUGAUGCUUCAUGUACGACCACAUAGUAGGGAUGCAAUAAAUAUUUGUUAGCUAGGUUGCUUGCCUGAUGAAGCUCCCAUGUGGACGAUUUACUACUAUGUGUUAUUGGAAUUUGUUUGGAGUGUUUGCUCAGGCUGAAGAAAUUCAUGUCGUUUUCCUCCAUUUAUUUCCUUUUAUGCGUAAGUGCUACCUUUGGCAAUCGCUCUAUCCAGCCUAUUAAUCACCGAGAAAGGUUUUGAUGCAAUCUGCAGAAUAUUAUCGAUUGCAGGAUCAGAAGAUGUUGUACACAUGAUUGUGUGAUGCUCAGAGACAUUUUGCACAACGGAAACUUCUUCUGAAGCUUGAUCUUAUUCAGGUGCCUAACUGACUACCGCUUCCUAGGCAUUUGUGCUUACCAGUAUGCCGGAAACUUCUUGGGAAGCUCGCCGUUUCAGGUCUAUGUGGAUUUCCACAAUAACACUACCUCCAACUUUCUCAUUUCCCCAGCUCUGCAUACAAGUUCCAAAGUAGGUAUGCCAAUCUUGUUAUCACUUGUUCAGUUGCGUUCUGGUUUAUGCCUUUUCACCUGCAUGUAGUGAGGCAAUGUGUGGAAUUUAGGUGCUGGUUUGAACAAAUUACAAUGAUGUAGUCCUGCAGAUCAGUACAGGUCACCGGCUUUAUAUUGUGGUCACCGUGUUGUAAGUACUUUGGGAAACAAGUUCUGGGGUAAGUUUAUCUACUUGCUCAUGCAUUUUAAUACUUGAUUGAUGUCCUGAUAAUUUGUGAAGUUCUGUGUACCAUGUGAUAAGCUGCACAUGAGGUUGGAUGAUAGCUUGUCUUGUUGCUUUUAGGAUGUACAUGUACCCAGGUGGAUCAAAUGCAGAUACCAAUCAUAUAUUAUUAUUUUUACUCGUGUGUUUUUCUUGUGCCUGCCAAACAUUUCGAAAAUUGAUUAUAUCAUUCAGAUGUAUUCAGGAUGGCUUUCUGUGAUCCAAAAAAAUCAUCUGGCAUGGCUUUCUCUUUACAUACAAAAUUAAGUGUGGAGCAGUGUAUAUGUUCAUUGCUUUCUUAUCACAUCGCAUUUGUCGGUGGUGUUGUACUGAUUUGAAGUAAAUUCUUUUAUAUUUCCAAGUUGAUCAACUACACAACUUGUGAUCCUAAAGCCUUUCUUUAAAAGGGGCUGGUUAAUGCAGCUCCAUGUUGUGCUGCUAUUGGGCUCUUUUUUUGUUACUUAAAAUGGUCAGAUAUCUCUGAUGUUAAAUUCGUGGUUGAUUGCUUAUAUCCAAAAUAACUAUGUUAGUACACUGAAGCCAAUUUCUGCAUUGUUAGUGAAGUUGGCUAAAUAGUUUUUGCGCCACUGAGAUAUAUAUGUGCACUGCAUUCUAACCCUGUAAAUUGUUGUGCCAUUAGUUUAAUCUGGAAUAUAAUUAUGUUAGUACACUCUGCAAUAUAAUUAUGUUAUAUUCUGCUUUUGUCAGUUUGCUGGUCCAUAUUAAUUUCCUCGAGCUUAUUUUCACAUCUCGUCAUAUUUACACCUCUCCACCGACUGCCACCUAUCGUGGAGGGAGAUGGCUUGGCCAGGCCGUCAACACCCAUCGACAACUUCCGGCAGGCGCCGUCCCAUUCUUCCUCCCCUUACUCUGAUGCCUUCAUGGCCAAAAUCAUUACCAGGAGCAAGAAGGUUAAGCACCAAUUAUGGUUAAAGCUUUGUCUCUUUUGUGUACUAUGCAUGAUUGAUCUGAUUUUGUUGGUCGGCUUAAAAAUUCAAGUAAUACCACUAUUGCAAUACAUCUUACUACAUGUGCAUUUAUUUGCAUUGAUAUUUUCUCCUCCUUAGGCUCCAAAUCAUUUGUGGGUCAUAAAUUAUUGUGCAUUAUUGAUGAUUAAUUUGCAAUUUAAAUGAUAGUAGGGCUAGGUUUUAGAAGUGCAAUGGCUUGAAAUGUGACCUUCCAGUCAAGAAAUUUCCUCAGUAAGAAGCUUAUGUGAAGAAUGAUGUAAUUAAGCUAGCAAUUUACAUUUCUCUUUGAUAAUUAUAACUGAAUUGUCAAUGGCCAGAUCUCUCGAAUAGUGAGUUACUCCCUCAAUUUUACAAUAGAGAUAAUUUGUGAAAAUUGUGUUUUUGUGAUGUUUGUGGUCUUCUCUUUUCUUUUUCUUGAUUUGUAUUGGAUAUGCUACUCGCAUCUUUGAACAUGCAUAGGGCCUCUCAGUCUUUAACUCUGACUAUAAAAAUCCAUUAAUGGAAGCUGGGGAGGGCCGAGAUGAACAUCCGGCCCCCUGGGUCUAAGCCAUCGAGAUGGUAGAGACGACGUUUCCAUGUCAUCUACUCCAGCAGCCGGACAAGGCAUAUAAAAACCAUGGAUCCUUUGCUCCCCAGGCCGCAAAAUGAUCACAGUGAUGUCUACGACCUCCUCCUAGAUGUAUUAAUCUCAAUCUCAUGUUUGGUUUUCCUCCCUUUUCUCUUCUAAUGAUGUAAUUUCUUUUACAAAGAUAACACCA